GUCUCAACACCAGCUCACGUACGCGCGGCUCAUGGAUCGCUUGCUAAACCAGGACGCCAUACAAAAGUUGAAAGGGCAGCAUCCGCUUUGCGAAGGGAAGAACAGGGACAGGAUCUUGUUCAGGAAAUCCGAGUUGGCUGGCGAGGCGAAUUCAUUCACGAUGCGAUGCGAUGCACAACCUAGCGGACCUAGGAGUAUCUAUGUCGAUGCCGGUCGUAUCCUCGGCAUUACGGAGGGAACAGAGUUCACCAUGCAAACUCCUGGGUCGGACGACUCUGCCAGCGUCACGGUGCUCACCGUACUGGCUGUCGAAGACCUAUGGUGCACCGUCCAACCGACUCCGCCACUGGAAGAGGUACCAUGUCUGGACGAUGCGAGAGCAGUGUUCUAUACCUGGAGAAGGGAGCCGAUGAAAGUCGUGACCUCCUUGCCCAAGCUCGAACAUCUGGCAGGCGAACGACGCCAGAUCGACUAUGCGGUGACCACUUCGACGGAGGAAUGCGAUGUCUCCCUUGAGAGGGGUACCGAAGGUUGGGUCUUGGAGAGGUUCGACCCGUUGACGUCCCGGUACAGAAGGCGUCAGAUUUUUGACUUCUCCUUUCUGUCGGGAGAAGUCCUGGCAGCCGCAGCGCGGUGGAACUUUCAUUUGUAUCGUUUCAGCGGGCCUGAAAGCCAGAGUCGGGUACUCCGGCCUAUAACGCAGUUGCAUCGUCUCAAGGACACACACACGCCAAACUCGCUGCGGCCGAUUCUUUUACCAGAAGGCGAUAACCUAUUCAAGAGCUCGAACAAAUUUGAAGCGGCCGUAUCCUCUUACGAGAUCCAUGACGCGGUCGAAGAAGCGACCCUGCAUGAUUUGGCACCGUACUAUGGCCUGACAUUGUACAAUCACCACAUCCAAGAUCUUUACGCCUAUGUUUUCUACUUCAACCCGUCGAAUUACUCCAUCCAGUUGUGGUACGCACCAGAGGGAAACAACGUAGGACCUUCGCUGCCCAAACGCAGGACCGACGACACGCCUGGUGAAUUGACCAUCGGCUACGGUGAUGGGUCAAACAGCGCUAUCAAAUUUACAAUACCUGACGGCGUCGAGACCGACACCGGAUUCCUGAAGAUCUUUGUCUCGCCGUUGUACGUCAACAUGAGAAGCAUCGUGCAGAAUGGUAUUGAAGCGCUGCGUGACGGGGGCCCGAGCCCGCUGCCGAUCAAAAGCUCCUGGGAUUCUUCUGUGUACGUCCUAACAUGCAAGUCUCCUGAUACAGCCAGUCAGUAGUGAGUCUGGAAGCAUACUGUAGCUACCGGACUGACAUACUUUGUACUGUGUACUCUGAUGAUACUGGCAACGUUACUUCAUGAACAGCUUGGUUUUUACGACAGCGACAUAGAUAGGAUACCAUGAUUGUUGUUUGUAUCUUGCAGGUUAGUAAUCGAUCAACACACGGAAUGCCUCAGUC